AUGGUAAAACAUCAAGCAUGUAUUGGAGUUUUUGUAAUGUUUACUUGCAAAGGAUUACUCUGGGUUAUCAAAGAUAAAGGGGAAUCUUGGACCGGUCAAUAUUUUCGUGAUAUAAUUUUGACUCAAAAUGUAUUUCCUUUCUUAAAAAAUGAAGAAAAUGUUAUUGAUCCUGAUGAAGUUAUAUUUGUUCAUGAUAAAGCACCAUGUAUGAAAGUAAACCAAACCCAGUAUUUGCUUAAAGAUAUCGAUGUUAAAUUUUGGGGAAAUGAUAUCUGGCCAGGAAAUUCACCUGAUCUCAAUGUGGCAGAGCAUAUCGGAUCAAUAAUUAAAGAUGAAGUUGAAAAAACAUGUUAUCGGAAACUGGACAUAAUCGAUUUCUUGAAGACACACUCAAAAUGCACAUUGAAAAUGUUUUAA